GUAAAAACUAUAUGCAUAAUAUUAAAACUGGAGACCGGAAGUGUCAUGCAAAACAGUACCAAAAAUAAAAGUCCACUCUGAUGGAACUAUACAUACAUGGAGGAUGAUUAACAUUCUAAUUUUAGGUGGCCACUGAUAUUUUACAUGAAUUGUCACGUACCACGCUGACUACAAAGCAGUGAAAGAAGCGUGGAAAUAACAACUCGAAGAGGAAGUGAUGACCUCAGUAAAACCAAUAACGUCGAAGAGGGCGGAAGUGAGGACAUGAAAGGCGGAAGUAAAAUAUUUAGCGCCAAAGCUUGAGUCGUCGGGCCAGUAAUAGCAACACCAAAAGAUGGACGUCGCUCGCAAAAUAAAAUCCAAAGUUUCCGCUGACUUCAAGAUGCGUGGACUUAUCCUUCGACCUGAGGCCACCAAGUACAUGGUGGAGGUCCUACAGUCAGUCAACGCCUCACAAUUGGAUGAUAUAAUUGAAAGGGUGCUGGAUGCAGUGGAGAAGCAGCCAUUGUCUUCCAGCAUGAUCGAGUUGUCCGUGGUGGAAAACGCUGUGCAGGACUGCUCUCAGUCCUCUGAUGACGCCAUAAACAACGUCUUCAACAUCAUCGGAGCCUUCGACGUGCCCAGAUACAUUUACAACGCGGAGCGUAAGAAGUUUGUUCCCAUCAGUAUGACCAGUCAUCCGGCUCCAGGCCUGUGCGGCACCGCCAGAGACAAAGCGGAACUUUUUAGGGAGCGCUACACAAUCUUACAGCAGCGCACACGUCGACAUGAGCUAUUCACCCCGCCUGCAAUAGGAGCUGCUGUUGUGGAGAAUCAAAACAAAUUUCAGCUGAAGACAAUUGAAGCUUUGCUCGGCAGCACGGCCAAAAUGGGAGGGGUGAUCGUACUGGGGAUGAUCACACAACUUAAAGAGGGGAAAUACCACUUGGAGGAUCCAACAGGAACCGUCGAGCUCAACAUAUCUAAAGCACAGUUUCAUAACGGCCUUUACACAGAAUCCAGUUUUGUUCUGGCUGAGGGUUGGUACGAGGACUCGGUGUUCCACGUUAAUGGUUUUGGUACCCCACCAAUAGAGCCUUCGUCGGCCACGAGGGCGUACUUCGGCAACAUCAACUUCUUCGGCGGGCCGUCCGCCACGUCUGUGAAGGCGUCGACCAAGCUGAAGCAGCUAGAGGAGGAGAACGAGGACGCCAUGUUUGUUGUCGUCUCCGAUGUGUGGCUGGACAGCGUGGAAGUGAUGGAGAAGCUCAACCUCAUGUUCUCAGGCUAUGCUGCAUUGCCUCCCACUUGUUUCAUCUUCUGUGGAAAUUUCUCUUCGGCCCCUUAUGGAAGAACUCAAAUCAAAUCCCUGAAAGAGUCACUGAAGGUAUUGGCGGACAGCAUAUGUGCACAUCCCAGCAUUCACAGCAGUAGUCGAUUUGUGUUUGUCCCCGGCCCUGAAGACCCUGGUCCAGGUACCAUCCUGCCACGCCCUCCGCUGGCUGAUCACAUCACGGAGGAGUUCAGACGGAGGGUUCCUUUCUCAGUGUUCACCACCAACCCAUGCAGGAUCCAGUACUGCAGCCAGGAGAUCAUCGUCAUCAGAGAGGACCUGGUCAACAAGAUGUGCAGGAACUGCGUGGGCUUGCCCAAUAGCAAUCUUGACAUUCCAAACCACUUUGUUAGGACCAUCCUGUCCCAGGCCCACCUGACCCCGCUGCCCCUCUAUGUCAGUCCUGUGUUUUGGGCGUACGACUACACCUUACGAGUUUACCCAGUCCCUGACGUUGUGGUCUUUGCAGACAAGUACGACCCUUUCAGCAUCAACCACUUGGACUGCCUGUGUGUCAAUCCAGGCUCUUUCCCAAAAAGUGGUUUUACAUUUAAGGUGUACUACCCAUCCAACAGAACAGUUGAGGACAGCAAGCUUCAAGGACUCUAAAGGGACAAGGACAAUGUUUUCUUUCCAUUGUAAGCAACAUAUUCUAUAUAAGGUUUUUAAAUUGUGCUCUGUAAUGAAUAAAAUAUGUUUUACUUUUUGUAUUGAGCAUCAGCUUUGGCCCAACAAGUGACACAACUCUCACUCUUAAAGAAAUAUUUUAAGUCUUUACACUUUCACAAUUUAAUUUUUUGUUACUAAAUAGAAAGUAAAAGUACCCCUGUUGUGCCUCACCUUAGCAAGAUGGUACGGUGGCUGAGAAGUGCAAAACAAAUUCCAAUUACACCACCCGGAAGCGGACUGUACCCCUGUUGUAUUAAAAUAUUUGCUGGACUCCUGUAGUACAUCUGUUCCUUCCGUCUGGUGAGUUCUAUUUAACAACUCCAACGACCAGCCACAUGUGCAACAAAAUCGCAUCAAGCAGCUCAAAUGUGUGCCUCCAUUCACACACGCUACAACUCCAAAUGUUACUGCUUCCUGUGUGAUUCGUGUGGUACAAUCCCCUACCGGCUAGUGUAAUUGUCAUUUGUUUUCAUUUUCAUUCAAGUGUUUUGCACUUCUCGGCCACCAACAUUAACCAGAAAAUGAACGUUCCCCUUCCGGGUGGUGUAAUUGUAAUUUGUUUUGCAGUUGUUGGCUACCGUUCAUGAUACCUAUUAACAAGGUCCUUUCCGCAGCACACAAAACAAUUUCACAGUAGUAUAAGUACAGCCACAACACAACACAUUGCUGACAUAUAUAGAGAAUUUUCAUAUGUUGAACCUGGUGUACCUAAUGUUGUGGCUAGUGGGUGUAAAUUGUGAAAAUGAAAGGCACUCAAAGAGAAAUUUGUUACUCACA